AUGGUUGCCCAAGAGAUUGCCCAUCAGCAACAGAUUGCCGAACUCAACGACAACUUCCGCAAGCAGUUGAUGGAGCAGCAGGCCGUCGCCAAGGCUGAGAUCAACCGUGCCUGGGAGCUCUGCGACACUCAGAUGGCGGCCGUGGCCGACUUGAUGGCUGAGCAGAACAAGAAGCAGAAGUAG